GACAACACCGGAUGUAGAACGGGGAGAGCAAGUAAACAUAUAUAUUACAUUCCUUCUUCGUAGACGAAUUCUAGUUAUUUAAAACCAGAGAUUGAGAUUCUUUUGACAAUAAUAAUUCCGCUACUACAAGUCUACAAAAAUGUAUAAAUUACAGUCUUUGAAUUCGUUUCUUUCUGAGUGUUUAACGGCGGCGGCAGUGGAGAUUUUGGGGGCAAUUGAGAAAGUAGUAGCUGAGUACCAGGAGGAGAUAUCCCGAUCUAAAGAGGAGAUUGAUAGUCUACGGAGACAGCUAAGGAUUACACCGGAGAUAAAACUAUGUAUAACAGACUCCCAGCAGCUCUCUCUACCUGUCUCUGAAGAGGUUCCAUUUGAGCAACAACACUGUGAGCAGGAGGAACCAGGGCCAUCACAGAUUAAAGAGGAAAAGGAGGAAGUCAGGACCAGCCAGGAGGAAGAGCAGUUUCAAGGACUGGAGGGUAAUACCAUAGAGUUUAUAUUUAGUGGUCCCUGUGUGAAAAGGGAAUGGGAUCAUGAGGCCUUAAGCCGCAGCUCAACUGUAAUUAGUGACCAAGUAAAUAGACCACCAUUGGAUCCCAAACCACCAUUGGGGGCACACUGUUCUGAACUCAGCACCAUGUCUACAAAAUCUCACUACUGCGGCAAAGUAUUUUCUCUGAAAGCUGACCUUCAGAGGCAUGUGACUCUCGCCAGGGAGAGACCCAUUGAAUGCCCCUACAACGCCACAUGUAAACUGAAGGCCCAUGUCCCACUCUGUCACGGUGGGAAACCCUGCCCUGUUUGUGGCAAGACCUUUAAAAACAAAGACCAUCUAUCCCAGCACAUGAGGAUUCAUACACAGGACAGGCCAUUUAGCUGUGGUGACUGCGGAAAAGGUUUCUAUAGCAAGGGGCUGCUGAACGUGCAUAUACAGACUCAUAAAGGAGAGAAACCAUUCAUCUGUGGAUACUGCGGGAAAAGCUUCUAUCAGAAGGGGAAUCUAAACCAACAUUUACGGACUCACACAGGAGAGAAACCAUUUAGCUGUGGUAUCUGCGGAAAAAACUUCAGUCGAAAAACGCAUCUGAACAGGCAUAUCCUGACUCACACAGGUGAGAAACGGCAUGGCUGUUCUGUGUGUGGUAGAAGAUUCGCUGAGAAUGCUGACCUGCUGAAGCAUGUGGAUAAAGUCCACAAAUAACAAAACCAGGAUCAAAACCGAAUGGAGAAAGACAACCAGGACACAGGCAUCUAUCAGAAGAUGGGAAUAAAAAAGGCAGGAUAUGGACAACACCAAACUGGAUCCUUCAUGCUGUAGGUUUCAAAUGAAUAGACCUACCCCAUUGAAACAUUAGCCAAUUAACAAUUAGGUUGUUUGUUUUGGAAUGUAUCAGUCAGGGUGAAGAGAACAUUUUCAGACUGUUUAUACAUUAAAACAUUGAACUUUCCAGAAAAUGGUUUGCUUGAAUUUGAGUAUUUAUCUUGACCCAAUGGUCCAUUCUGUCCUAAUGCUGCUCAUCCAUGAUAUUGUAGCGAUAUAUUGUAGUUGGAAUACUUUUGCGGUGAAACUGCCACGUCCGUUGGUUAUAUGACAACAGAUGUUACUUCAAUGACUAACACUGCUUUUUUUUUCUUUCUCUGAUAUCGUUGCACACUUGACUGAUGACAGAACAGCAGAGUAUUUUACCACGAUGUUAAAUAAAUAAACAAAACAAUAACAACUGUGCCUGGAGCAACCAGUGGCGCUGUUUCACCUUUCGCGGAUCUCAGCUUUAACCCAACACAUAGCAACCUCUUGGGACCUCUUGGUGUAACAGUUAAGGUGUUGGCUUAUCAUUUCAUUGUGUAGCAAAGGCUCUGUCCCUUUAACUGUACACUCCUGUGUGUGCACCUUCUAUGUAUUAUGUAUUGUAAUGGAAAUUGUUUACCAUUUGAAAAACCAAACAUAGCAAAGGGAACAAAACAGGGAGGGACCUAUCUAAAUGUGUCCAAUGAACUCUUGUUUUUGUUGCAAAAUGUUUUCAGUUUGUAGUAAACGAAUCGGCUUAAUGAAUACACCCCUGUGUUUCUUUGUCUUUUGCUUCAGUGGCAAAGGAAUGUUGCCACUGAGGAUAUUGUUUGGCUAUGCAUUGAAAUGACCUAAUUAUAAAAUUAUGGUGGAUAUAUUUUGUAAAUGUUUUGGAGUUAAUUAUUGUUUAAGAAGUAUGAGAAUUAUGUCUAAUAGGUUUUAUAUAAUGAUGAUGAAUCUCACUGCAAUUAUGUAAUGUUGAAGUCAUUAUUAUGAUUAUUAUGAUUUGGAUACUGGUUCUGAAAUGUGUUGGAAAUAAUGAUGUUUAUGACUAAUAAUUGUUAUGAUAUUAAUAUAUGAUAAUGGGGCGGCAGAGUAGCCUAGUGGUUAGAGCGUUGGACUAGUAACCGGAAGGUUGCAAGUUCAAACCCCCGAGCUGACAAGGUACAAAUCUGUCGUUCUGCCCCUGAACAGGCAGUUAACCCACUGUUCCUAGGCCGUCAAUGAAAAUAUGA